AGGUCCGGUUCUGCAGCUGGAAAAUUUUGGGUUCUUGAUCGUUCUGUCAAUUUAGCACUGAGAUCGAGCCUUGGUUUUAAGCGAGUGAGGUAAGUAAAUUAUGCCUGUUUUGUCUCCGAUAUGGUCAUGUUAUUUUUGUAAUCCUACUAGUGGGGGUUAAACACUAGCACAUGUCGACAUGUAUUUUUGUAGAGCCGGUUCCUCCUGCCAGUGGGAGUUGUUAAACACUGGAAUUUCUUGGGUUGUUAUAACACUGGCUGUGACCUAUAGAGGAGACGUCUAUUUCGUUCCCGUACUUGUAUCCGUUUUUCUGAUUGCCCUUGUUGGCAUGCUAUAAGUUUAUUUGACUACUACUGAACCUUAUUCUGCAUAAUGGUUAUCAUUGAGCAUUCCGUUUAUGUUUAAACUGUUUAUCUGAAAUGCUCAAAUUUUACCCACGGGCUAUCCAUACAUUUACUUAUUGAGAUAUUUUAUCUCAUAGUUUUCCUUGUCCACCAUUUCAGGAAGCAAAACCGAGGACGGGGAAACCAUGGGAAGUGACGAGUUAGAAGGCUAGCCAUUUCGAGAUUGAUAUAAUUUUAGAAAUAAAUCAUGUUUUUGUAAGAGAGAUUUUACCUUGUGAUUUUAAGUUUAAGUCAUGUUGGACAUAGAUUUAUGGAAUAGAGUUUUGGAUUUGAA